AUGUCCGCGGAGCCCGAGAAGGCUCCUGUUGACGUCUCGUCCGACGUCGACAUGGAGAAGCCCAAGAGCAACAAGAAGACGGCCAAGGGCGGAAAGGGCGGCAAGAGCAAGGAGGCUCUCGACAGCCAGAAGUUUGAGUUUGGCGACAUCGUCCUCGCCCGGCUGCGUGGAUUCCCUCCCUGGCCUGCGCGCGUGACGAACCCCGAGGAUCUUCCCGCCAACGUUCUCGCUCAGCGUAAGGGUGCGAACCUCUACUGCGCCCAGUUCUUCCCCGUCGGAGACUUCGCCUGGCUCCCGCCAAGAGAGCUCCAGCACCUCAAGCCCAACCAGAUCGACUCUUUCCUGAACGGAUCACACCGCAAAGGAGGCGGCCAGCUGCGAGACGCCUACAUGACCGCCCAGGACCCGAGCGAGUGGGACGCCGCUCAGGCUGAGGCCCGCCGGGAACUCGAAGAGGCUGGCGGUGAUGAGGACGUCGACGAGCUGGAGGACGAGGAUGUGCCCGAAGAGAAGGGCAAGAGGAAGCGCGCCGCUCCGGCAGCGAAGAAGGACACCAAGAAGGCCAAGACGUCAAAGGCUGCGCCCAAAGCUCCGGCCGCCAAGGACAAGAAGGAGAAGCCCAAGGAGGCCACCAAGGAGCCGGCUGGCAACGAGGACCCCGAUGCGUCCCCGGAGGCUGUCAAGGCUAAGGAGUGGCGAUACAAGCUCCAACGCGCGUUCCUCAGCAAGGGCAAGAGCCUGCCUGCUGCGUCUGACAUGGACCAGUACGACGAGCUCAUCAAGACCAUUGAGGGCGAGGACCUGACGCGAGAGGUCCUCAAGUACUCGAAGCUGCGUAAGGUUAUGGAGGAAAUGGCCAAGAUUGAGGGCAUCCCCCGCAACGACGAGCUCAACAUCACCCAGCGUGCGAACGCGCUCUUCGUCAAGUGGGGCAAUGUCGGCAACAAGACCGAGGAGCCGAAGACGAACGGAGCCGAACCUGACGCUAAGAGCGACAGCAAGGAGAAGACCGAGGACAAGGCCGAGGACAAGGCUGCCGAGGAGAAGUCCGCCGAGGAGAAGGCGGAGGCGCCUGCCACCGAGGCCGCCGCCGAGACCACCGAGGCUGCGGCCUAG